AAAGGUCAUCCUGGGUAAUAUUUAAACAGCAGACAGUAUCAGCAGACGAUACAUUGUUUUCCCCCUCAUUUGGUAACACCAGCAUACAUCACCAUGAACUUCUCUCGCCUAUUUACAGGUUUAUGUUUAACUCAUCUGCUCGUUUGUUCAAUAUGUGAUAUACAGGAGGGCGUAGAAGAAGAGGGUUCUGGUACCGUGGUCACACAUACAGACACACACACAGACAACGUUCCGGUGAUAGACGAAGACCUUGUAACGACUCAGGCUCCAAAACAAAACCAUGAUCUAGCUAAACAGGAAUUAGCAACUGUUUCUGGCAUCCAUGGCAACAAAGAAACAGUAUCAUUGAACCUCGUUUUCAUCAUUGUCCCUACUGUAGUGGGCGUGGUUGUCAUAGUGGCGGUUGUCAUAGCAAUUGUCGCCAUUCGUAGAAAAACCUUCAGAGAAAAAAUGCUGUUGUAACAUUAAUCUGAUCGCCUGCUGGAACUGUGAUAAACCUCAUGGAGGAUGUGUAAUUUCCGUCACAUCUACAUAUUCCAAAGCCAGUUAAAUAAACAUGUUUAAUAUUAAAAUUUUAUUUGCAGAGCCCGUGUUAUUUCGUUUUCCGGUUGUUUUUAUUCUCUUACAAAAAUAGAUUUUGAACUUUUGAUUUAAAGACUUGAGAUAUUCUAAAAGGACUUGUACACGCAAUGAAGCCGAAUGAUGCUGCGUUCCUCAGCAAAUCAUUCGGAUUAAUAAACCCUUCGGAUAUCAAGCACUCCGGACUCCUCGGGUGGCUCGUACCUCGCACACGGAAAUGAGCGUAGCGGAGUCAGACGAGGAUUGCCGAUUGGAUAUCUAGUUCGUAAUUUUGUUUCCCACGACGUCCGGAUUGUUGGAUUCCGGAUUACUGAGGUUUUACUGUAUAAAUUACAUAUAAGUAUAACUAGACUAGUCGUUAAUGUUGUUGACUAAACAUGUACUCAUUGAAUGGGGUCAGGAACUGUUGUCAGCCUUGUGCUGGAAAUAGCUAAAAAAAAAAUACUCGAUGUUCAUUUUUGGUUGUCCAUCUUUCAACAGCAAAUGUGCUAUAUUAAAUUAUGUCUCUCUCU